AUGAACCUCCCCUAUCCCGUGAUCCCUUUUCGGCGUAGAAAUCCCGAGGAAGUGGAUACACUUCCUCUCUACACCAAGCUUCCUGGCGUUAGCGAGACGACUGUCGAUAUCUCGCCCUCGGAGCAGUCCGAGGUGCUUCCCGAGUACUCCCAGGCCAAACAAGAGGAAAGGAAAGAAGAAGGCGAAGACAAGGGCCCGUCGAAUGGAGAAUCUCAAGUGUGA